AUUUUCAAACAACCAGACAACAGACAAAUAGGUGGAUAAGUUGCCAAAAUGAGAUCUUUAAUUUUAUUUAUAUUUUUUUUUAAUUUCGUAUUUUGUGUGAGUUCUUUUUUCGAAGAAGAUUGUUUAAAGAAAGUUGUCGAAUCUCAUAUUGAGGGAAAAUGUGCGAAUCAACUGAAAACAUUGUGCAGACGUCAUGAUUUGUUAUUCACAUUCUGGGAUUCAUCUUCGAGAAUAUUUAAGAAUGGUUUGACUGCAACAAGCCAGUUGGAUCUGGGAAAUUAUGAUUUAUGUCUGUCUAUCGACGACAAUUUGGAUAAUGUUCAUAUUUUGGGAAAAUAUUGUUCAACUCAGUGGGAAACAGCUGUUCCUAAGGGUGCUUUAGAAGAAUUGAUUUUCAUUAUGGAAAAAUAUAAUCCCAUGCAUUUAUUGACAAAUAAAACAUAUUUGGAUUCAUUCCAAAAUGUAGUUAAAUAUGAGGCUCCAUCAGAUGAAAAAAUAUAUUUGACUGGAUCAAUCUGUAUUCCUGAUGCUUGUUCGCCAAUAGAAUUCAAGAAAGUGUUCAAUCCAUAUAUUUACCCAGUCGUUGAUUUAGAAUGUAAUUGUCUUACAAAAGAUGGGCCAUAUUUAUCUGUCUCCGAAACAAUUAUCACAAUAUGUAUUGGUGUGAUUUUGCUGGUGGUAAUUGGUACUACAAUUUACCAUGUUUGGUUUUACAACAAAUACGAAGUGGAUCCUCACGAGUUGAUAAAAGCUUUCUCAGCCUUUCAUAAUGGUAAAAAGCUCAUUACCAUAAGCAAGGGUAAUCCAGAUCAAAUUCAAUGUAUCCAUGGGCUUAGAUUUCUAAGCAUGAUAUGGGUGAUUGCAGGUCAUUCAUUCAGUUCUGGUACCAGUUUUCCCCAAAUGAAUAAAGAUGAUGUAGAUGAGUGGAAAACAAAGUUAUACUCAGAGUAUAUACAAGCUGGACAUUAUGCGGUAGACACCUUUUUCUUCCUCUCUGGUCUGCUUCUGGCUUAUGGCUACAUGAAACAAAUGAAAGGAGUGGAAGUUGCAUCACAAAUCAAGGGUAUACCUCUCAUGAUUUUGAAUCGAUAUAUAAGGUUAACUCCAGCCGUCGCCGCACUUUUUUUCGUCUCUAUUUCAUUCUUUAAAUCACUGGGAAAUGGCCCAAUGUGGUACUUAUAUGUGAAUUACGUGAAUGAUACUUGUAAAAACAUCUGGUUGAAGUAUUUUCUUUACAUACAAAACUACGGUCCUGCUGAGGAUAUGUGCUAUCUCCAAACCUGGUAUUUAUCUGCAGAUAUGCAAAUGUUCGUUGUCGCUCCAAUAGUUCUAAUUCCUGCUGCUUUAUAUUUCCGUAAAAAUCUACGAGUAGUCAUUGCAUCACUGAGUGGCUUGAUAGUAUUCUGCGUUGGACUUACUAUAGCUAUACGCUAUAUUGUUGAUGACUACACAAAUGAGUACGACACUCAUUCGAGGCUAUCCAACUAUUUAGUAGGUAUAAUUGGAGGAAUAAUAAUGCACACUUUAAGGGGAAAAGAUAUCAAAAUCAAUAAGGUUGUCAACUUAGUGACAUGGAUCAUUACUCUAUCAGUUAUGGUAUUUCUCAUUCUUUACCUACAUGAUGUUGUACAGAACCCAACAGUGGAUAAAACGAAUUUCUUCUACGCAUUACAAAGACCAAUUUGGAGUGCUGGUAUUUUAUGGAUAGUUUUCUCCUGUCAUUUUGGUUAUGGAGGUAUAAUCAAUGAUAUUUUGAGCAUUCCAUGCUUUCAAAUCGGCUCAAGGCUAUCAUAUUGCAUGUAUAUUGUUCAUUUUAUGGUGAUUUUUCUUUAUUCUGGAUCACUAAGAACAUACCAAUUAGUCAAUGACUACACUAUGUUGUACUUGACGUGCGGCCAUGUUGUUGCUAGUAUGUUAGUUGCUACAAUAUGGACCCUUCUCUUCGAAGCUCCGAUGAUCAUCCUGAACAAGAUGCUGUUUGGAAAAUUAGAUUCACCGAAAAAAUGAUGGAAGAAGCAUGAUUCCAGGUGUUUAAAUUAUGUACUCAGAAGUAUCUCAAUUAGUUAUUAGACUUAUAAGAAUUUUUUAUUGAUUGAAAUAAAUAUAUUUUUACUUA